AUGAACAAGAUUCUCCUUCUGAGCAUUUCUGUCAUGCUUGGGUCUGUUCUGGCUGAAGCUCUUGUCUGCCACUUCUGUAAAAUCUAUAGAAAAGGUCUCGGUUGUACAAUUGGAGAGGCGACUUGUGAAGCAGAAAAGGGUCAAAAAUGCAAGACGGUCACCGUCUUUAAAAAGAAUGUAAGACAUUUCCUCAGACGAGGGUGUACUUCUUUAAAAGAUAAAUGUGGAACAACUGAGGAGAAUCCAAUGUUUGGCAGUAUGACAACUACUUGCUGUGAUGACAGAGACUUCUGUAAUGAUGACACUAGUGAAGCUCUCCUUUGUUAUGGCUGCAAAAUGUUUAAACCAGGCGAUAAAUGUUUGGACGGAGAAGGGUUUUGCAUAGCUAAAUCAGGACAACAAUCAGCUGUAAGGGAUUUCCAUAGAUAUGGGUGCACUAUGCCAAAUGACAAAUGUGGCUCUAAGGGAGUGGAUCCAAGCUGGGGCACGGUGACAACCACUUGCUGUAACAGUGGCAACUACUGCAACAAGCCCUAA